UAAAAUCAAGGGUAUUAUGAAUGGUGGACAUAAAUGAAUUAGUUCUGAGGACUACAAGUGAUUUUUGGUGACGUUAAUCUCAUGUAGCAACUGUAGGGUUGGAGGACUGUUGCUCAUCAUUGCGCAUGAAGCGGCAGUGGCGCGACUCCUCUCCAAGUUGACGGGAAUUCGCUGACACCAAUUAUUUUUGCGGGCAGAUGCACGCACAUCAACAUAUGCCGCCUAUAGAAAACUGGACUGAAGUGCGCUACCAGUUACAACGUUGAUUUGAAUGCUAACGACAAUUCGGUGACACGGACUUUUAUCGCCAGUAUAAACUGAACUGUAUGGCAUGUUCUCCGCCACCAAUCGCUACAGAUAGACUUCACCAGACGCCUCCACACUUCCAGCAAUGAUGGCUGUUCUCCGCUCUGGAGGAAGAGUGUUCAUCAUGCUCCUAAUUAGCAGGAUGUUAGAGAACUCACUGCUCAGUGCUGAAGUAAAGGAGGGAGAGAUUCUGCCUCCCACCAUUCAGAAGCUGAUGAAAGGAUACAACAAGUACCUCAGGCCUUUCUUUGACAAUGGGCCAGUGACUGUGGGCAUGAGUUUGGACGUUGCCAGUAUUGACACCAUAUCAGAGAUCAACAUGGACUACACGGCCACCAUCUUCCUGCGUCAGCGCUGGACAGACGAGCGCCUGGUGUUUGAGGGGAACAAAAGCCUGAGUCUGGACGGCAGGCUUGUGGAGCUGCUCUGGGUACCAGACACCUUCAUCGUAGACUCCAAGAAGUCCUUCCUCCAUGACAUCACAGUGGAGAACAGGCUGAUCAGGAUCUUCCCCAAUGGAACAGUGCUCUACGCCCUGAGGAUCACCACCACUGUGGCCUGCAACAUGGAUCUGACCAAAUAUCCCAUGGACAAGCAAACCUGCACUCUGCAACUGGAGAGCUGGGGCUACAACACCAACGAUGUGAUGUUCUACUGGACCAGAGGGAACGAGUCGGUCAGUGGUUUGGACACGCUGCGUCUGGCCCAGUACACAGUCGAGGACCACUACACCUCUGCGUCUGAGGCCAUCUAUGAAACAGGCCACUACCCCAAGCUGAUCUUCCACUUUGAGCUGAAGAGAAGCAUCCUGUACUUCAUCCUGGAGACGUAUGUUCCCUCUAGCCUGCUAGUGGUCCUGUCCUGGGUGUCCUUCUGGAUCAGCCAGUCUUCCGUCCCCGCAAGGGUCUGCAUCGGAGUGACCACGGUUCUGACCAUGACCACGUUGAUGAUGGGUGCCAGGACGUCCCUGCCCAACGCCAACUGUUUCAUCAAGGCCAUCGAUGUGUACCUGGGCAUCUGCUUCAGCUUCAUCUUCGGAGCCCUGAUCGAGUACGCCGUGGCCCACUUCUGCACCCUCAACCACCCCGACGCCAACAUUGUCAUGUACGGUCAUCAGAUGGGAGGCUUUGACGAGGAGAUGAACGGAAUGGUUACUACCAUCUCCGCUGAAAACAAUAGGGCCAAGAGGCGUAAGGAGAAAGCUGCUGCAGUCUCAGCACCCAUGGCAGAGCUGGAACUGGGCCCGUCCAGCCCCACUGGCAGCGAGCCCAAGCCCGAGUCUCCUGAGGAGCCCCCCAAUCGCUGCCUCACUGUCCUGGUCCUCCUCCGCAAGUUCCUGCGCAAAGCUGCAAACUGUUGCCAUGUGGAGAAUCCCCACUUAAUAGACAACUACUCCAGGAUGACCUUCCCCCUCUCCUUUGUAUUCAUCAACCUCCUCUACUGGACAUACUACCUGUACUUGUAACACACAGGAGUGUGUGUUUCGGUAUGUGCAUGUGUGUGUGUGUGUGUGCGUGUGGGUGUCUGAAUCUGUGUGUUUCUGUUUGUAAGUGGGAUUCGUUCAUACUGUAUGUGUUUAUUCUCAAACAAUACACAUGUUUACAUUUACGGUCAUGAGUGAGGCGUAGUGUACAGUAGACCACCAACUACAGUACAACAUCCUGAGGAGAAUUACAUGUCCAUGUUUAUUAUACCUGAUUCAGCUCAUUUACUGCUCUCAUAAUUGAUGAACUUCCAGUAAGUUCUGUCCAUGAUGACUUGCUGACAGAUGACCUAUGGCUGGUGUGGAGCAGAGGAGUGAGUGGCUGGAUGCACUGUGUAAUAUUUAUGAAUGAGCAACGAAGGGAAGCAUCCACAGUACCUCUGGGUUAGGCUGGGUCCACACUUAAGCUCCGAAUGGCAAUAUAUACAGUAUAUAUAUUGAGAGAGGGAAUGAGAGAGACACGGAGAGAGAGAGAGAUGUGUUAUAUAUAUAUACUGCUCAAAAAAAUAAAGGGAACACAAAAAUAACACAUCCCAGAUCUGAAUGAAUGAAAUAUUCUUAUUAAAUACUUCUUUCCUUACAUAGUUGAAUGUGCUGACAACAAAAUCACACAAAAUGUAUCAAUGGAAAUCAAAUGUAUCAACCCAUGGAGGUCUGGAUUUGGAGUCAUACUCAAAAUUAAAGUGGAAAACCACACUACAGGCUGAUCCAACUUUGAUGUAAUGUCCUUAAAACAAGUCCAAAUGAGGCUCAGUAGUGUGUGUGGCCUCCACGUGCCUGCAUGACCUCCCUACAACGCCUGGGCAUGCCCCUGAUGAGGUGGCGGAUGGUCUCCUGAGGGAUCUCCUCCCAGACCUGGACUAAAGCAUCCGCCAACUCCUGGACAGUCUGUGGUGCAACGUGGCGUUGGUGGAUGGAGCGAGACAUUAUGUCCCAGAUGUGCUCAAUUGGAUUCAGGUCUGGGGACCGGGCAGGCCAGUCCAUAGCAUCAAUGCCUUCCUCUUGCAGGAACUGCUGACACACUCCAGCCACAUGAGGUCUAGCAUUGUCUUGCAUUAGGAGGAACCCAGGGCCAACCGCACCAGCAUAUGGUCUCACAAGGGGUCUGAGGAUCUCAUCUCGGUACCUAAUGGCAGUCAGGCUACCUCUGGCGAGCAGAUGGAGGGCUGUGCGGCCCCCCAAAGAAAUACCACCUCACACCAUGGCUGACCCACCGCCAAACCGGUCAUGCUGGAGGAUGUUGCAGGCAGCAUAACGUUCUCCACGGAGUCUCCAGACUGAACCUGUUUUCAUCUGUGAAGAGCACAGGGCGCCAGUGGCGAAUUUGCCAAUCUUGGUGUUCUCUGGCAAAUGCCAAACGUCCUGCACGGUGUUGGGCUGUAAGCUCAAACCCCAUGUGUGGACGUCGGGCCCUCAUGCCACCCUCAUGGAGUCUGUUUCUGACCGUUUGAGCAGACACAUGCACAUUUGUGGCCUGCUGGAGGUAAUUUUGCAGGGCUCUGGCAGUGCUCCUCCUGCUCCUCCUUGUACAAAGGCGGAGGUAGCGAUCCUGCUGCUGGGUUGUUGCCCUCCUACGGCCUCCUCCAUGUCUCCUGAUGUACUGGCCGGUCUCCUGGUAGCGCCUCCAUGCUCUGGACACUACGCAGACAGACACAGCCAACCUUCUUGCCACAGCUCGCAUUGAUGUGCCAUCCUGGAUGAGCUGCACUACCUGAGACACUUGUGUGGGUUGUAAGACUCCGUCUCAUGCUACCACUAGGGUGAAAGCACCGCCAGCAUUCAAAAGUGACCAAAACAUCAGCCAGGAAGCAUAGGAACUGAGAAGUGGUCUGUGGUCACCACCUGCAGAACCACUGCUUUAUUGGGGGUGUCUUGCUAAUUUCCUAUAAUUUCCACCUGUUGUCUAUUCCAUUUGCACAACAGCAUGUGAAAUGUAUUGUCAAUCAGUGUUGCUUCCUUAGUGGACAGUUUGAUUUCACAGAAGUGUGAUUGACUUGGAGUUACAUUGUGUUGUUUAAGUGUUCCCUUUAUUUUUUUGAGCAGUGUAUAUUGAGAGAGGGAAUGAGAGAGACAGAUAUAUAUAUAUAUAUAUACACUGUAUCUGUCUCUCUCUCUCUCUCUCUCUCUCUCUCUGUCUCUCUCAUUCCCUCUCUCAUUUUAUUUCUAUAAGAAAUCCAGUGGCCUUGGCUCCCUCCACCACAUUAUGGACAUGGACUCUCAAUGAACCAUAAACUGUUUUAUAUAAUUUGUCAUCAUAGGGCAACAACUGCCAGCACCGUAACUGGACAGGAACAAUGCAAUAGAAUGGUAGGAAUAUACAGCACCUAGUGGAGUAACAGUGAUAUAUGCAGUAUUUUUUCCAUUGGAGCUGGUAGAUAGUAUUUUGUGAGCUUUGUGAUUACACGCCAUCUUAAUGGUGAAGCUAGUACCUUGUAGUCGAUGUUUUAGGACACUGACAUUUUGAACAGAGGUGAAACCGCUACUGUAACAGGAUGUCAUCAUCCAUCGCCUGUUCAUCAUCCGGAUCAGAGUUGAACUAACAUCCCUCCUUGUCCUCUGCUGUGUGAGUUGUGUGUAUGAUGACGGAUGUCAUAUAUUCCCAAUCAUAUUUUCACAUAUCAGUAAUAACAAAGGACCAAAGAUUUCAAUUUGCGUUGUAAUCUUUCCAUGGUUCCCUUUAGACUUUGUUCCGUUCCGUAUAACUACUAACUACAUUUUGAAAUGUUGAAUUAUAAGUUCCCAUUGAGGUGUAAAAAAAAUCUUUCAAUGAAAGUAAUAGCAUGCUAUAUCAGCAUGCAAAAGGAAAACUGCAACAUUUCAUAGCCCCGUGCGGACAGAAAGUCUCACACUCAAUGCAUGCUUGUUUAUUACUUCCUUGAAUAUCUUAAAUAUUAAAUGCAUUUUUCUGUUACAGUGCUUUCACCCAUAUCCGUAAAGCCAUUGUCCAUAGCAUAAAAUAAUAUAUGACUUGUUCAUGCCUAUGAAAUACUAAAACAUUAAUGUACAUAAUGGAAGUCUAUAGGUCAUUAUCAAUAAAACGUCACAAUAAGGUGCAGAGCCUUUAAUUUGGCUGCUGGGGGGCAAGGAGACCCCCAGCUCCGCUAAACCAUUGACAUCUAUGUGCUGUUUUCAAGGUAUUAUUAAAUCAAUGUUAUAACUAUUUGGUUUUAAUAUCAUCAUCUCUUCAAUAAAAUACAAUCACAUUUUAUUGGUCACAUACACAUAUUUAGCAGAUAUUAUUGGGGGUGUAGUGAAAUGCUUGUGUUCCUAGCGCCAACAGUGCAGUAGUAUCUAACAAUUCACAACAAAAAGAGCAUUGAAAAGAAUAGUCAGAUCAUGAAAAUAACUGCAUGAUUUUCAUGAUCAGUCAACAUGAAUUGAUCAUGUGAUUUCAGAUACCUGAGGGUAGCUUAUCCAUUAGGCAUGUAGCUAGCUAAGCAAACAAUGUAUUAUUAGCUUGCUUUGUCAGAAAUAAGGCUUUUGGAAAGAGCUUUACAUCGGCAAGUUCUCUUCCUGAUAGAAUUGUCAGUCAAACUACUGUCACCACUUGUAAUGAACACGAUGGGAGACAGAGAGCUGGUUUCAAGCACAGGGCGCAGCAGGUGUUUAUUUGUAAAGGACCACAGGAGGAGGCAGGUAGCUGGGUCCAGGGGCAGGCAGAAUGUCAUAGACAGGGGGUCCAAAAAAGGCAACAGUACAGGCAGGGAAAAGGCUAGUAACGUCAAUCGGGAGAUCAGGCAAUAGGUUGAUAACAGGAAAUCCGAACAGGCAGGGAAUAGGCAAAAGGCGUCUUUAGUGAGGCAGGCCAAAACUAUUAUUUACAGGAAAAACUGAGCUCUGAAUAGAAGUGUGUCACAAAACAAACAAUACCUCACAAUGAUGGGGUGCAAAAAACUGUGUGUGAUAAUGACAUACAGGUUUGUGAACAGGUGAUCAGAAUUCAGGUGAUUGGGAUCUGGAGAGUGAGCUGCGUUCAGGGGAACUAUGUGUUUGAGAGUGAGAGCUGGAAAGUGGUCUGUAAAGUGAGCUGCGUUCAUGUUUGAGAGUGUGAGUUGGAAGCAGACGUUACACCACCACUAUACUGUAGAUGGCAAGCAAAUCAAACAAUAUUUUGAUAAAUUUGAUAUGAGAGUUUUUCCUAGCCACCAUGCUUCUACGCCUGCAUUGCUUGCUGUUUGGGGUUUUAGGCUGGGUUUCUGUACAGCCCUUUGAGAUAUCAGCUGAUGUAAGAAGGGCUAUAUAAAUACAUUUGAUUUGAUUUGAUCAAUUCACAUAUGGUGUCCAAGGCACAGCUGGGGGCUGAAGGGGGUCUAUGACAAGCGGCAAUGGUGAGAGACUUAAACAUUCUGGAAAUGUUUCAAAGUAGAAGCUUGAAUUGCUUGGGCAGAGACCUGGACAGUAUGACAGAACUCUGCAGGCUCUCUACAGUAGAUUGCAACUCCGCCCCCUUUUGGCAUUUCUAUCCUGUCGGACAAUGUUAUAGUUAGGGAUGGAAAUUUCAGGAUUUUUGGUGGCCUUCCUAAGCCAGGAUUCAGACACGGCUAGGACAUCCGGGUUGGCGAAGUGUGCUAUAGCAGUGAAUAAAACAAACUUAUGGGGGAGGCUUCUAAUGUUAACAUGCAUGAAACCAAAGCUUUUACGGUUACAGAAGUCAACAAAUGAGAGUGACUGGGGAAUGGGAGUGGUGCAGGGGACUGCAGGGCCUGGGUUAACCUCUACAUCACCAGAGAAAAAGAGGAGGAGUAGGAUAAGGGUACGGCUAAAGGCUAUAAGAACUGGUCGUCUAGUGCGUUCAGAACAGAGAGUAAAAGAUGCAGAUUUCUGGGAGCAGAAGAAUAGAUUCAAUAAUAUAAUAAUAAUAAUAAUUCAAGGAAUUAUGUACAGACAAGUGGAUGUAGGAUGUGAGUACAGUGGAGGUAAACCUAGACAUUGAGUGACGAUGAGAGAGAUUUUGUCUCUAGAAGAACCAGCUAAGCCUGGUGAGGUCACCACAUUUGUGGGAGUUGGGCAUAUUGGGCAGGGUUGGAGGCUGUACAGUGAAAUAAAAACAAAGCAAAGUCAAUAUGCAGUGAUAAUGUAUUGGGCCUACAGCCUACUGCACAAACCUCAUUGCUACAGUACUGUUUAUAAUAGGUUAAUGUUUCAUAGGCUUACGUUUUUUUAAAGUCAUGUUAAAAAAAAAUCUGAGUGGUAGAUCUCGGCUUGCAUUUUGACUCAGAAAGUGACCUUGACUCAGAAAAGGUUGGUGACCACUGCUGUAGGUCGUGUAACUGUUUGUUACAUGCCAUAUGUUUUGUGGACUUCACCGGACAGAUGUUGCUUUCCAGUUAUGUGAUGAAACAAAGGUGUGAUUGAAUUUAUUCUGCCACUUUGUCUUCUUAUUGUCUCGGGCUUAGGUUUAUUUAUCACAGUGUCAAGGCACAUAAACUAACAGGUUAUAGAGCAAAUAACGCAAUUAUCACAACACAUAGGUUGUAGUAUGUUUUUUUUCCUGGCUUGGCGUCCCAGGUGAUUUGACCUCCACACCGCUACUGAUAGUUAACAUUUAUUUAACGACCCCUUGAAAACGACACACAGUUGUCAAUUAUUUUAGUGGAGCUGGGAGUGUCCUUGCCCCCCAGCAAAUCAAAAGCAUCGCACCUUAUUGUGAUCUUGUAUUGGUAACGACCAAUAUUUGCUAUAAUUCCCCAUAAUGCAACAUUAACUUACAAAACCUUUUGUUUUAGUCUCAUUUUCACCAAAGGGGUUUUCAUAUCAUUUUUUUCUUGUCUCUUUUUCUGAAAUGCAUUCCAAUACAUUUGCUCUGCUAAACAAUGGUCUUGCUGUAACAGCUGUUUGACGAAGAGGACCAAGGUACAGCGUGGUACGUGUUCAUGAUUUUUAAUAAAACUGAACACUAGAACAAAAAAAUAACAACGCGGCACAAACAAAACAGUUCUGUCUGAGCCAGACACACAACAUGAAAACAACUACCCACAAAACACAGGUGGGAAAAGGCUACCUUAAGUAUGGUUCUCAAUCAGAGACAAAGAUAGACAGCUGCCUCUGAUUGAGAACCACACCCGGCCAAACACACAGAAAUAGAAAACAUAGAACACGAAAAACAUAGAAUGCCCACCCCAACUCACACCCUGACCAAACCAAAAUAGAGACAUAAAAAGGAUCUCUAGGGUCAGGGCGUGACACUUGCUUCAGUGCAUUAGAAUGAAACACCUUUUUUAAAUUAAUAAAUACCCAUAGUAAUGAGCUACUGAUGAGAAUAGAAAAAAAUAUAUUAAUUGUAUGCUUUCUGCUUUGUUAUACGUCAAAUGUAUUUUUCUUUAUAUUUCUUUGCUUGUUUUGGGGUUUUCAUUAGGAUGUUUGCUAGACUAUGGAAGAUGUGUAUUAAUAGUCAUGCAAUACAAAAGGAGGAUAUCUAAAAAAUAUAAUAUUAUAGACAACUGCCCUCAAUUAUACCAUCACUGGGGACCAAACUUAGGUGUUACGUAUAUUGAACUUACUACAGUUUAGAUACAAAAGUAUAUUCUAUGGUGCUCGAGCACCCUUUUAUAAAACCAGUUUGAUCUUCUCUUUUAAACUGGUCUAUGGUAAAGAAGAAAAAAGUGCACCAGGAACUGUGCACUAAGCUAAUAUACGUAGAUCAGUGCCAUAUCCUGACAGUCAAGUUACAGUCUGUUACAUGGUCAUCGUGUUGGGUCACCUGAUAUUCCCUUAGCUUCUGUAGCCAGAGACAAAAUUGAGCCAAAGAUUCCACUAAAUCAAACCACGAAGGAAAUAUUCCCUUUGUUUCUCGAGAAUCCCACAAAUUCCCAUUCCAAAUUCACCUGGGAGAGGAUUCACAUGAAAUGUGUUUGCUAUAAUGUUGUCAUGCUCUCCAUCAUCAAGCCCCUCUUUUUGGACUCCAGACUAAAUGUGACUCCUCUCCCAGGACUUAACUACUACUAUUGGAUAUAUAACCGCAAUGGCAGGACACAUGAUACACAGGACACAAGUCCAGGUACUGCAAUCCCAAGCAGAGGCGACCAACCUGACCAAUGAUGGUGUACUAUACUACACUCCCUCCCCAUACCCACUUGCUUCUGACAGACUGAUUGGCCAAUGAUGGAACAACCUAUUUUCCUUAAAUGUUUGGGACGCAAAGUUCUUGGGACAUCUUCCUGUAAAAUGUGUUUAUACUGUAACAUUUGAAUAUUUUAUUUGAUGACAUUGUUGUAAAUAGGUACUUAUACAGCAUGUUUAUUUGAUGUUUCAAUAUUGAUCAGGGUAAUAAAAUAUACUGCCUAAAAUCUUGCAGUUUAUGAAAAUCUUUUUGGGCUCUACUGUAUUGGGAUUGUUUUGCGGUAGCUAAUGAGUGUUCUUUCGCCCAAUGGGUAAACAGAAGUCAACUUUCAGAAGCAGAGAAGGUUUUCCUCUCAGUCUCAGUUAGAGAUGUCCGGGCAGACUUGUCCCCUCUUUCGCUCUGAGAACAAAGGCAGUCCUAUCGAGGCUCCAGCCCUGAUUGGUUUUGACUCAGCAGAAUCGUGAGCAUUUGCGAAAUCUGAGACCGCUGUAAAAGUCAUGUUAGACCACCAGAAUUACAAGGCAGGAGUCAGUUUAGCUGUUUGUUUGUUUUAAAUCAACACAAAGAUAUGAAUACAAUUCAGAAAAAAAAUCAAAUGCUAUAUGAAUCAUUGCAGUAUUAUCACAGUUUGUACCACUCACAUCUAUGCGAGUUGAAAGGUUAAAUCGCAGUUGAAUGCAAUAUUCCUCAGUUCAUCCUUAGAUCAUAGCUAGAUUUGCCUGAUGCAAUAUGCGUUGUAUCUCUGCCUCUGCUCCAACAGAUUUCAAACACAAAGUAAUGUAGGGUUUAUGCCAGCUGGUAGCACUGCAGAUGGACAGGUAUAUUCGUUAUCUAUGUAAUAACUAUUGAAGACAGUCAAAUAUCACAUGCCUAUAUUCAGAAGUUAGAAUGAGGGUAUGUGAAGCCUUUACAUUGAGUUUACGCUGUCUGUACCAUCACACAAGAACAAAUGAGUACCAUGCUUUUAGAGGCAUGUUUCACACUGCCCAAACAAUUGCAGAGGCUGUCAGAGUCAAGGGCAUAUUAACACAGUCAGAAAGAAUACAGUUUUACAGAGGAGAAGCAUGAGUCUGAGAAAUGGUGUGCUGUGCAAUUAUCUUCUUCACAGUCCAUGGGGUAACAAUACUGGCUUAAUCAAAUGUACAAUGCCCAUGAGUUCUGGGCUAUGAAUAGUGAAAUUCUGGCAGCACGAUUAAAUGUCUAUUGUGGUUAUUGAGGGAAGGUAACUUUGUUAGGCAUGUUUUGAAUAGAUUUUUGGUUUGUGUGUGUGUGUGUUCACGCGCAAUAAUUCAAAUAA